AUGAUUGACGUCCACGAAGAUGCCGUCCCAUCAUCUCCUCCCUCGCUCAAUGCGACUGAGGAUACGUUGCCGUCCUCCCCUCCUCCUAUGAAGCCGAAGAAGAAGCCUCCAGUCACUCCUCGGUCGUUUCGACGCUUCUUCACGCCCAGAUCUUCUCUCAACGCUCCCAAUACCCGGAGCCGGUCCAUACGGAAUGCCCUGCAAGAAAUCACGUCUUCUCCGGCUUUGAACAGGCUAGGACCAGCUUUCCCUGGCGUCCCUGAUAGCAGUGACUGUGCAAUUGCCAGUUCUUCACCAUGUCAGGACCCAUUUCGUACGCCUAGCAAAAAGCGGAAACUGUCCUUCUGCGGAUUGAGCUCGCCUCCUCUUCAAUCAUCUCCGUUGAGGCGUGUACGGAUUGCAGCACCAAUCUUUGAUGAUGUAUCACCGAAGAGAGGCAACAUAUUUGCCCCUGCCGAGGAAAUUGCUGCUCCAGAAGUCGAGGAGCCUGUUGAGAUUCUUCAAAUGCCAGCCCCACUGCGUCGGUCCAAAGCUCUAUCUCAAACAUCUUCAAGCUUACAUGUACGUAGCUUUGGCUUAUCCAGACGCUCUAGGACGACGAUACGAGCUUCAGCAGGCACCAACUGGCAGGAUGAGACAGCAAACUUCUAUAGUAAAGUUGAAGAUAGCCAUGCCUGCUGGAAAGGUGAAUAUCCGGUGACACCUUAUUGUACCGCAUCGUGCAACACCAAUUCCUUGAUUGCUGUUGGAGAUGAAGCUGGUGGUAUCAGAUUGCUAGAUACCUCCCCCGAUGUUGAGGAUGGGUUUUCUAGCGCGUAUUUAUCAUUCCCAUCCAUGCAUAAAAAUUCCAUAAUGGACCUUGAAUUCUCCAGCGAUGAUAAACUGCUGGCCACAGCAUCCGGAGAUCAAACGUCCCACAUUAUUGAUAUGGCUACCCAAACCCCUAUUUAUUCUCUAUCCAAGCAUACUUGCUCCGUCAAACGGGUGCAAUUCCAGCCUGGAAGCAACAACAACGUAGUUGCAACAUGCAGUCGGGAUGGAAGCGUCAACAUAUGGGAUCUCAGAUAUAAGGCAUAUGACAAGCCGGCUUUCAGGUUGCAAUGUUCCCUCGGUGACGAUGACGAUGACACUCUCAGGCCACCAGCCAAGAUGAAGUAUGCACAAACGUCCAAGACCAUUGCAGGAGCACACUUAGAGAGAGCCCGGACCAAAUCCGAACAGGAAUCCCAGCUACGCCGCGAUGACACGACCGUCACUUCUGUUUCGUUCUUGAACCCAGGCCGUGAACACUUGUUUGUGACUUCAUCAGAAUCAAACGCCUGUGUGAGACUGUGGGAUCUUCGAACAGCAUACUCUUUACGACGAGCUGCUGUGCCGCUAGCUUCAACCCGCCAGCCAGACAGUCACUCCCGCUUCCGCCAGUUCGGCCUGACCUCCCUCACCUUCAACUCAGAUGGAAGUAGACUCUACACCCUCUGCAGAGAUGGUACUAUUUAUGCAUAUUCAACUCCCCAUUUGCUUCUGGGGAACUCUCCGGAAAUGUCACAGCCCAAUAAUACCCCCGGACGACGUUAUCCUGCUGAAGAGGCAAAGGCCGGUCUAGGCCCUCUGUACGGUUUCCGGCACCCACGACUGAUGGUCGGCUCAUUUUUCGUUAAGCUUGGCCUCCGUCGAGCAGCAAACGAUAAGAUCGAGCUUUUGUCAGUUGGAAGCAGUGAUAACUGUGCCAUACUCUUCCCUACCGAUGAAAGAUAUCUUACUCCCUCCCUUGCAUCAUCCACCAACCAGCCCCCGCCUACCACAGCAUCCACCAACACAUCCUUACCACCAAUCCAGUCUACUGCUGAACAUCGUCUUCGGCCUUGCCUUCGGAGGUCGAAUUCCAACUCUAGCCUUUCUGAUAGAUUGGAGCAUACCAUCCCCAUAUACCAGCAUGGAACAGCCUUGGUCGAAGGCCAUAACAAAGAAGUUACGGCAGUCUCCUGGGCACACGGAGGCGAAUUGGUCACUGUUAGUGAUGAUUUACAUGCUCGAUGCUGGCGUGAGGGCCCCGCAGCCCGGAAACUUCGCCGUGAUGGUGAUAUAAACGGACAACGAUGGCAGUGCGGUUGGGCGGAUGUCAAGAACCCAUUGUAUGAUGAAGCGUGA